GCGGGACUCCAGCUCAGCGGAGCCAGUGAUUGGUUGCGGCCGGGUCCUAUGGUGACUGAGAGAGGGGAUCACGGAGCUGCUGGUUCGAGCAGUGCAGCGCGAAGAUGGCGGCUGGUUUGUGGAGGAACACGGUUUCCCGUGUAAUGGGAGCAGUAAAGAGUCACCAACCAGUCGCCAGGACCUUGUCUGAUAUACGAACUGUAACAUUAAUCCCAGGUGAUGGCAUUGGCCCAGAGAUAUCUGAAGCUGUAGUGAAGAUUUUUGAUGCUGCUGAGGCUCCCAUUCGUUGGGAGGAGAGGACUGUGACGGCCAUUCAAACAUCAAGUGGAAAAUGGAUUAUUCCUCCAGAAGCUAAAGAAUCAAUGGAUGCAAACAAAAUUGGAUUGAAAGGACCCUUGAAGACUCCAAUUGCAGCCGGGCAUCCUUCAAUGAAUUUGCUACUUCGUAAGACCUUUGACCUUUACGCAAAUGUGCGCCCUUGCGUAUCAAUUGAAGGUUUUGAGACUCCAUAUAGUAACGUGAAUCUUGUUACGAUUAGGGAGAACACAGAAGGUGAAUAUAGUGGCAUAGAACAUGUGAUUGUCGAAGGGGUGGUCCAGAGUAUUAAACUGAUCACAGAGGAUGCCAGCAGGCGGAUUGCAGAGUUUGCUUUUGAAUAUUCACGGAACAAUAAGAGGAAUAUGGUCACAGCCGUGCAUAAGGCCAACAUCAUGCGAAUGUCAGAUGGACUAUUCCUGAGGAAAUGCAGAGAAGUAGCAGAAAACUUUAAAGAUAUCAAGUUCAAUGAAAUGUACUUGGAUACAGUCUGUCUUAAUAUGGUGCAGGACCCGUCACAAUUUGAUGUGCUUGUAAUGCCAAAUCUCUAUGGUGACAUCUUAAGUGAUCUAUGCGCUGGGUUGAUUGGUGGUCUGGGAGUUACGCCAAGUGGAAACAUUGGAGAAAAUGGAGUUGCAAUUUUUGAGUCUGUUCAUGGUACAGCACCAGAUAUUGCUGGGUUGGAUAUGGCAAAUCCCACAGCCCUUCUGUUAAGUGCUGUAAUGAUGUUGAGACAUAUGGAACUUCAUGACUAUGCUAACAAAAUAGAAACUGCCUGCUUUGGAGCAAUUAAGAAUGGAAAGGUGCUAACCAAAGAUCUUGGUGGCAAAUCUAAAUGUUCUGAGUUCACCAGUGAAAUCUGCCGAAGAGUGAGGGAUCAGGAUUGAGUCAGCACAAAUUUGCUACCGUAUUCAAAUCUCAUGAAUUAACCUGCAAAAUCAGCUCUACUGAAUAGAAUCAGUCUGUCACAUUCAUGUAAACAAUUGUUGUGAAUUGUCAUUUAAAUGUCCUGCUAAUUUACAAUUUCCUUUUUGGUUAUAAUGUGCUUUCAUGGCAUUCUGAUUAUUUAUUGAAUGAGUAUUUUUUGACUGACCUGAAGUGUUAUUUUUUUAUAUAGAAAGCUGCUAUAAAGAUCGUGCAUGAUGUUUCCUUAUUACUACUUCCAUUCCACUUAAUUAAAGCAGUUUCAAAAUAGCUUCUUGUAUUUGUUAUCUCCCGGAGUGGUGUUUUAAAGAUUUAAAACAACUUCCAUUCUGCUAUUGAACAUGGGAUUUCAAUGUCGGUCUAUUUCCUUGAAUUUUUUGCAUUACCUUUUACUUAAGUGUUGCUGGAGACUAGCCUCAUUCCCCCAGGCUAAAUAAUUUUGACUAGAAUCUGCUAAUUUCCUUUAUAUGCAGGCAGGCUUAAAAAAAUGUUUUUUUUUUAAGGUGCAAAAAGCACUGAUAUUCAUUUUAUAAGAAUUUUCAACUACUGUUAAAUAUACUCGUACUGUAAGUUUAAUAAUUUGAUUUUUUAAUUAGUUUGCUCACUGGACUAGCUCGGAUGCUAUUUAUGAUAAGCCAAAUUUCAUUAAUUAAACCACAAAUCACUGCUCUUAAUAUUUUUUAAAUGAUGUAAAAUCCUUGCCAAUCAUGACUAUUUUUAACAUUUAAUAAUAUGUAUAACUGAGAAAUAGUAACAAAAACCUUACUGCAAAGUUUUCAGGUUGAAGGCUAAGAUUCUUAGUUAUCAAUAUGGAUCAUGAAUUUUAAAUAUGUGAAAUCCAAUUGUGGUAUUGCCAGCAAAGUUUUAACAUUUUUAGUUCAGAUGUUAAAUUUGGAAAUUAAUUCCUUGACAUGUUUUUAUGUUUAAUGUUGCUUUUGGCAAUUUUGUUCCUUACCAGUCUUGCUAUAAUUAUUUUGGCCAAACAUAGCAGCAUUGGAGAAAGAAGAAAACAGCAAAUAUGCAGGAUCUGAAUGGAACAUUUGCGUUCAAAGCUGGUCCAUGUGUAUAGUUCUCCAAAUGAUGUGGCAUCAUUUACUUUUAUUGAAAACUAUAUAAGGGUAAUGUGGCUAAUGUAAAUAUAAAAUAAAAUAUAGCAGAUUCUGGAACUAC